AUGGGAAGAAGUAACGAGGAGAAGUUGUGGUAUAUCAAAAUCGAAUCUGGCAAGGGUUUCUUACACAAAGGCGGAAAACGCAUACAACAGUUUUCAAAUGUAAUAGGUGCAAAAAAGUCUUCUGCAACAGUUAGAGGUAGAGGAGGCAAAGAAGUAACGAGAGAUGUAGUGAAGCUUGAAUUUGCCCAUAAUGCUACCAAGCCUACCAGAUCUGUUAUGCUGUAUCCAGAAUUCUUCAAUCAAUUUGAUUGUGAUGGUGACUUAAGGAAAAUAGCAUGUAGAAGUGCUGAGGGUUUAGCUAGAGAGCUCUGUGGCAAGAUACAGGCACUCAAGGAGCUACCGUCUGUUGAUGAGGCCACAGAAAGCAGUACCACACAGACAGCGCCAAACCACAACACUACACCACCAGUGCAAAAAAGACAAACACCACCUCUUUUUGCAACAAGUGAUGCAAAAAGAUCCAAAAAAGAUGACAAAGAUGGCUGUAUAUUGGACCUACGGCAGCGAUGUGAUGAGCAUCUCAUUGACAAUCUUGUGCACUUUAUUCCUAUUGAGAAGCUGGUGCUCCCUCCCAAGCAAAGACAAAGCAGGGAAGUAAAUAAAACCUUUUUGGAUGAUUUGCAAAAACAACUACGAGCAAAGCCAUCUGGAAGCUACCAGAUUUUGUCGGUUUUGGUAAAAGAUGUCCAAGAAAAACAACUUUUUGACAAGGAAAGAAUGAGGGCCGGGUAUGAAUAUGAAGUCCUUGGUGGUACCCAUUUGAUGCUGGCUACCCAGAAAAUGCAUGCUGAAGAUCCCACAAAUGUACACUUUUCUGGAAGGGUAGCAAAGGUUUAUGUUGGUCUGUCAGAUGAAGAGGCAAGAUUUGUUGGGGCAGAUCACAAUAAUACAGGUGGAUUUCGCCAUGAUCUGACUUUCAAAGAUGAGCUGGAAAUAUGCAGAACUGAGCUUUUUGGCACUGCAAAUCAGGACCUCAGCCAGGAUCCCCCAGAACCUAGUGAGAAGUGGAGGGAGGUCUGCGCAGAACUUUUAAACAAGAAGAGAGCCAACUUGAGUGAACAUUUCACUAUUUCCAGAAUGUCUGGAAAUGAGUGGAUAGAACUGCAGAAACUUCAUCAAAUGUGGGAGGCUGGUGAGGUUAAAGACCAAGGAAAGGUCAAGGCUGGUGACGUAAUUAAAUAUGGGAAACCUGUUCUUCGCCAGUCCCAUCUAAAGGAGAUCUGCAAUUUAACAAAUGACGAUUCAUUGUAUUUGCUAAAAAAGGUUACAAACAAGGAAAUGUCGCUCACUGAAUUCGCAAAGGCAGCCAGGGAAGCCAAGCGUCUAAGGCCGAUUCAAGAGGCAAUUAUGGAAUACUUUAAAGUGGACUGGGAUGAACUAUCCAACAAGCUUGGAAAGAGUGUGUCACCGAAGAACUUGCUUAACUUUGUGGGCUGUGACUUGGAAAAGUCACAUUCUUUUCAGAAGUUUCUUGGGCACAUCAAGCAUGUUAUGGAUCCUGAAGAAGGGAACAUUGGCCCAGAAAUUAUCAAAAGCAAUUCUGGUGGAAACGGCAUCAUAAUCACAGGAAUGGAUACCAUUCAUCAGAAUGUGGCUGACUUGCCAAGAUUUCAAGGUGUCUCUUUCACCAUAGCCAAAGAAACAGAUGAAAGGACUGCAAAAGAUAUCAUUAAGAUGGUAGCUAAAGUUAACUUCACUAAGUUGACUUCCUUCAGCAUAUCAUUAAUCACAAAAAUAGACGAUGUAAAACAUCUGAAAGAAGUUAUGACAGCUGAGGGUGCCACAUCUUCAAAAUCAGGGCACUUUUAUAUCAAAUCUAAAGCCUCCCUGAUCACCUACGUACUGGGGCACUGGUCAGUGGCACGUCAGGAAGGCCCGAGUAUUGCAGAAGUAGAAGAGGUGGCAGACCACGACAAUGGUAUUGCCACUCUAGCGAGAAAGUGUUGUUGUAAAAGUGAUUCUGUUCUCUUAUUUAUACCUUCAGCCAUUGCAAUGGCCACCAUCUUGCAAGAGGGACGAAACUGUAUCAUGGUUUCUAUAGAAAGUGAAAAGGAGCUACUACGUAGCAGAGUUUUAGCUGAUUUAGAAAAUUUAGAAGACAACGUAGAAGACAAUGUAGAUGAAGAAAGAGGCAGUACUAAUUAAUUUUUUUUUUAAUUUAAGAAACUAAAGGGUGAAAAGAUUCUUAUCUUUCUUUCUAUUCUUAUAUUCAAAUAUUUUGGAUAUUCCGAGCGAAAAUGGGGCUACCUAUUACUAAUAAUCUAAUCCAACCUUUCUUGUAUUUAUUGAUAAUUUUUUUUAUAUAUAUAUAUAAUAAGUAGCAGAACACAAAGGGCCAGAAAUUCCGUGCUUGUGGCUUCUCGUGGGCCAGAAAUUCCGUGCUCAUGGCUGUUCGUGGAACAGAA